AUGAUCCAGCAACAGCUGAGACAGUUCCUGACAGAGAGGGAGGUGGAUCCUUCUGCUGCCCUCGUCCUGCUCUGCAGCUCGGCGGCAGCUGUGGUUGCCUGGAAAUGGCUGGGCAAAAGGCAGAUCCAGAAGAAAAUGGAAGAGGCUCGGAGGACCCGGGAUGAGGGUGUGAAGAAAAUGGCAAAGGCUGUCCAGCAGUUCAGGGAGCAGGUCCCCAGUGUCCAGACGGAUUCCAUCCUGUCCCUGCCCCUGCUGGAACUCAGUGGGAAACUGCAGGAAGGGUCUCUGUCCCCCAAGACUGUCCUCUACACCUACAUAGAGAAGGCCCUGGAAGUGACCCAGCAGACAAACUGCUUGCGACAUUUUAUCCCAGAGUGUGAGGAGCAGCUCCAGGAAAUACAACAGCAGGAGGAGAAAGGGCUGCUCUAUGGCAUCCCUGUCAGCAUCAAGGAUCACAUCGGCCACAAGGGGCAUCUGUCGACCUGUGGGCUUGUGCAAUGCCUGGGCACUCCAGUGCAGGAGGACAGCGUCCUAGUCAAGGUUUUGAAGAGACAGGGGGCCAUCCCAUUUGCAAUGACCAACGUGUCGCAAUCCCUCUUCAACUACGACUGCAGCAAUCCCAUCUUCGGCCAGACCUUGAACCCCUUCAACCACCAGAAGAGCCCCGGGGGCUCCUCAGGAGGGGAGGGAGCCCUGAUUGCAGGGGGAGGCUCCAUCCUGGGCAUUGGCUCAGACAUCGGUGGCAGCAUCCGCCUGCCGUCCAGCUUCUGCGGGCUGUGUGGGCUCAAACCCACAGCCAAAAGGCUCAGCCUGUCCGGAGUGAGUGGCCCAGUCAGUGGGAUCCUUGCAGUUCCUUGCGCGCUGGGGCCGAUGGCGAGGGACGUGGACAGCCUGGCCCUGUGCAUGAAGGCACUGCUCUGCGAGGAGAUGUUCCAGCUGGACCCCACCGUGCCCCCCAUCCCCUUCGAUGAGGAGGUGUACUCCAGCUCUGCUCCCCUGCGGGUUGGGUACUACGACACAGAUGGCUACAUGCCGCUGCCCCCUUGCAUGCGGCGGGCGGUGCGGGAAACCAAGGAGGCUCUGCAGGCAGCCGGGCACCAGCUGGUGCCCUUUUCUCCACCUCGGAUCCACUAUGUUAUGAAUGAACUAUUUUUGAAGACAUUUUUUGCUGAUGGAGGCCGUGCUUGGUUGAACGUGUUCACAGGAGGUAUUGUAGAUCCAAACUUGAAAUCACAGGUGAAUUGCUGCAAGAUCCCAAGGCUGGGGAAGAAGCUGCUGGCUCUGAUUCUUAAACCUCUGUUUCCCCGCCUGGCUGACUACCUGGGUGCCUUGGGUGGAAUGAGGUCAGUGAAGGAGAUGUGGAAUCAUCACCAUCAGAUAGAGGCGUACCACACUGAGUUCAUUGCCCGGUGGAGGGAACUCCAGCUGGAUGUUGUGCUGUGCCCUGUCCUGGGGCCUGCCUUCACCACGGGAUACCCCGGGAAACUCCUCACUGCCAUCUCCUCCACGAUGCUGUACAAUGUCUUGAACUUCCCCGCUGGGGUGGUACCCGUCAGCACGGUGACAGAAGCUGAUGAGGAAGAGCUAAAGCUUUACCGAGGAUGCUGUGAUGACCCCUGGGACCAGACGCUGAAACAGGCUGUGGCGGGAGCCGUGGGACUGCCGGUGGCUGUGCAGUGCGUGGCCUUGCCGUGGCAGGAGGAGCUGUGCCUCCGGUUCAUGAAGGAGGUGGAGACCCUCAGCCGUGGGAAGAGAGCGGCAUAG